AUGUCAUCUCGAUCAACGGCAACUGCCAAUCUCGACCACCUCCCAGCUGAGAUCCUCGAACGGAUUAUUUUCUCCAUCACUGACCUCCGAUCAAUCUACCACCUCGUCGUGGCUAGCCCGGCUGCGUCUCGCGUCUUUGCGUCCUCAGAAGUAGGACCGAAGGCUCUUGAUUAUGUAUUUUCAGGGACCAUGUCACCCCACGUGGUCGAGCUGAUCCGUCUUGUCAGCCUCAUCCGCACCUCAACCCAGAGACACCCACCGGCAUCGUCGCUCCAGGACUUUGUUAGAAAGUACACCAACUGCCAAGGCGGCUCGGCUCCGUCUGUCACCUCAGCCGCACCGAAUCUCGCGAGCUCGCUUCGAGGCCAACAUCCUCAGCUCUUUCGGGGCAUUCUAUUGACCGCAAGACGCAUCUGCUGCCUGGCGUGGGCAUGCCUGGAAUACUACCGUAGCCGAUGGUCCUCAGUCACCCCGGCUCACCUCGAAUGCCCCUUCGCUUGGGGCGCUGGUCGUGAAAAGCCAUGGCGCCAGAAUCCCAGCGGAAAGCCGUACGAGCUACAGCCCAUCGGACCGUCUUGCUGGAUGGAGGAGCAGCGCGUGAUGCGCGGGUUCUGGAGAUUACAGCUGCUGUUCGACGUAAAGGUCGCAGCUUCCGAUGGCCGCUUGGACUGUACCCUGGAAGACAGCCAACGAGAAAUUACUCCCGACGCUCUCUUUGAAGGCUGGACCUGGCAGAGGGAGGAGUUUCUCACCGUUGCAGACUUUGUCGAACGUGUCCAAGGCGGCCCCGUUUUCUCGCCAGACCUUCGGCGGCUCCCGGCCCCUCCUCCAGGCUACGAUUCCGCAGAGAAGUGGCAAGACCCAGUUUUGCUAGGAGUAAUAGACCCCAGAUGGUCACAAGAGGAGCUUUCAAAGCACCAACCACCAUGUUGGACGUUCUACGUGGUCAGACUCUUGAAGAAUCCGUAUUCACCCGUCCGUGGAGUGCCGUUCUGGCCGUACCGUCAGCUGGGACUGGCUAUUUGGGAAGAAGAGAAGCUAGAAGCCCUGGAACUAUCGUAUAAGCCAUAUGCUUCCAGGGGAGGUAAGAGGCCGACAUCGUCGGGCGACCAAGUCUUCACCUGGAGAAGCCUCUUGAGCCCGGAGCUUAUAGCCAAGCUACAGAUGGACAUGGAAGAGGACUGCCAGAAGAAUGGGUUUUCAUUGAACCGUGGAAACCCGGACAUGUGA